GGUACGCAAGAGGGUGUACUGCACCGUGCAGUCGCUUAACUCCAACUGCCGCGUGCACAUAGGACUCUGCACUUAGGACUCUUCGCAUUGCCUAUUCCACUAUCUUCCGUGUGUGUGGCUGUUCGUAUCGACCAUCCUCUCAGCCCCGCUUCCCAGUCAAGAGGGGCUCUGACACCAUGAGGGGCUCUGACACCAUGAGGGGUAUGCGGCGCUACAUAUGCUGUACGACAGGCAUAUAAUAGCCUCCCGCGGUCCUGGAAGUCUCAUCCCGUGAAAAGUGCCACUCGAUCCUACUUCUACCUUGUUGGAUACCCUCAGCCUCGGUUUCUGUCCAAUCAUGGGAGAUCGUUCUCUUUCCGCGGAAAAGCGUGUCAAAAUCGCUAUUGACCGUGGCGGCACCUUCACAGAUAUCUGGGCUCGGGUUGAAGAUGAACAGGACAUUGUUUUGAAGCUCUUGUCCGUAGAUCCUUCAAAUUAUGAUGACGCACCUACCGAAGGCAUUCGUCGCGUGCUCUCUAUUGUGCGUGGGGAGGAAGUGCGUCGGGGAACCCCACUUCCGAAAGAGAACCUCGAAUAUGUCCGCAUGGGAACGACUGUUGCGACCAACGCUCUCCUUGAGAGAAAAGGCGCCAAGCAUGCACUCCUCGUGACCAAAGGCUUCAGGGAUCUGCUCGAGAUCGGCUACCAGUCACGCCCGCGAUUGUUCGACCUCAAUAUCAUCAAACCAGAAGUUCUUUACUCCGAAGUCCAAGAAGUCGAUGAGCGCGUCACGAUCGAGGGUUUCGAUGAAGACAUCCUUGGCGUAUACAAGACCACAAAAGAGAUUCCUGGCUCGCUUAUCAGGGGAUCGAGCGGAGACAUGGUCAGGAUAUUGACCCCUCUUAACGAACAGGGAGUGCGGAACACCCUGAGAGACCUACGGUCUCGAGGAAUAGAUACUGUCGCCGUCUGCUUCGCGCACUCUUACAUCUACCCGAACCACGAAGCUCGAGUGGGAGAGCUUGCACUCGAAGAAGGCUUCUCCCAUAUCUCAUUAUCAUCGGCGGUGGCCGCGAAUAUGAUCAAAAUGGUACCCAGGGGUAGCUCCGCCUCUGCAGAUGCCUAUCUCACUCCAGAAAUCAAGAAGUAUCUCAAGGGCUUCCUCAAGGGGUUUGAGGGCGGCCAUUUGGAUGACGUCAAGACCGACUUCAUGCAAUCUGAUGGAGGCCUCGUUGGUCACAAGAGUUUCAGCGGACUCAAGGGUAUACUAUCUGGGCCCGCAGGAGGUGUUGUAGGCUUCUCGAGAACUUCAUACGUACCCGAGACGAAGACUCCGAUUGUCGGGCUUGAUAUGGGUGGAACUUCAACCGAUGUAUCUCGUUUUGGAGGCGUUUUCGAGCACGUCUUUGAAACCACUACCGCGGGAGUGACUAUCCAAAGUCCUCAACUGGAUAUCAAUACUGUUGCUGCUGGUGGCGGAUCAAUCCUUGCCUGGAGGAACGGACUCCUAACAGUUGGCCCUGAGAGUGCCUCGUCACACCCAGGCCCUACAUGUUAUCGAAAGGGUGGCCCUCUUGCAGUUACGGAUGCGAACCUCUUCCUUGGUCGUCUGGUGCCAGACUUCUUUCCGAAAAUCUUCGGACCCAACGAGAACGAAGCGUUAGAUACGGAAGCGGUCAAACACCGCUUCAUUGAGCUUACCAAAACGAUCAACGCCGACACGGGUAAAACUAUGAGCCCCGAAGAGGUUGCAUGUGGCUUCUUGGACGUGGCAAACGAAGCCAUGUGUAGGCCAAUUCGCGCAUUGACUGAAGCAAAGGGUUACGAGAUUGGCAAGCAUAACCUCGCUGUCUUUGGCGGUGCUGGAGGUCAGCAUGCCUGUGAGAUCGCAUCAAAGCUGGGCAUCUCUACUGCCAUCAUUCACAAGUACUCCAGCAUUCUUUCCGCUUACGGAAUGGCCCUUGCCAAUGUUGUCCAGGAAGCCCAGGAGCCUGUAAAUGUCACUUACACGGGACCGACACUCAAGGAGCUCGAUUCGCGCCUGGAAGAAUUAAGGUCAAAGGUCAAACACGCUCUUCGCAACGAGAACAUCAAAGAAAGCGACAUCCAUUAUGAGGAGUACCUCAAUAUGCGCUACCAAGGAACAGAAACCGCUAUGAUGAUCCUCCGGCCAGCCAACGGAAGUUUCAAGGAAGCGUUUCUUGAGCAACAUCUUCGCGAAUUCAACUUCAUCUUUCCGGAUAGCCGGCCUAUUCUUGUGGACGACGUUAGAAUAAGGGGUAUUGGCGGCAGCGGAAACGUUACUGCAGAUGCCGCCAGGCUGCAACAUGACCUGCACAAUACUAACUUUAGCCCAGUGAAGGCUACGAUGGCGGAGCGCGACAUCCAGACGUACUUCUCGGGAGUAGGUAUCGUCACCACUCCGGUCUAUCUACUUGAAGUCCUCCCACCCGGCUCGGUUGUCACUGGACCUGCCAUGAUCCUCGAUAAAACUCAAAGCAUCGUCGUAGUACCUGGCGCUCAAGCUAAAGUUCUAUCUGUGCAUGUCGUAAUUGAGAUUCCAAGGCUUGGAAGCAUACAGACGUCCUCUACGGCUGUGGAUCCUAUCCAGCUUUCUGUCUUUGCCCAUCGUUUUAUGAGCAUCGCAGAGCAAAUGGGACGAAUUCUACAGAAGACUUCGAUGUCGCUCAACAUCAAGGAGCGUCUGGACUUUUCGUGUGCAGUGUUUGGUCCCGAGGGUGGCCUUGUGGCCAACGCUCCACAUGUCCCAGUACAUUUAGGUUCCAUGUCCUAUGCUGUCAAGUACCAGCAUGAAUUGCUUGAGGGAAAACUGCAACCAGGCGACGUCCUUGUUUCCAACCAUCCCGAGGCUGGAGGAGCCCAUUUGCCAGACGUAACGGUCAUAACGCCGGUGUUCUCUAACACAAAUGAGAUUGCGUUCUACGUAGCUUCUCGUGGGCACCAUACUGAUAUUGGCGGUCUUGGCGGUACUUCGAUGCCCCCUAACUCUACUGAGCUGUGGCAGGAAGGCGCAGCAAUCAAGUCUUUCCGCUUAAUACACGACGGCCUAUUUGACGAGGAGGGUAUCAAAAAGAUCCUUACUGCACCUGGCGACUUUCCUGGAUGUACUCCAAGCCGAAGGCUGGAUGACAACCUGUCCGAUCUGAAAGCGCAAGUGGCGGCUAACAAUAAGGGAAUGACGCUCAUUCAAACUCUGAUGGAGGAAUAUGGUCAAGAUGUCGUUCAGCUUUACAUGAGAGCCAUACAAGAGAACGCCGAAGUCGCGGUACGAGCCUUCCUCCGACAAACACUUGAGAAGAAAGGUGCUUCUUUCAGUGGUGUCGACCAAAUGGACAAUGGCUCUGAAAUGCGUCUUGCCGUAACGAUCGAUCCGACCGGUUCAGCAACGUUCGAUUUUACCGGUACCGCACCAGAGAUGUAUUCCAACAUGAACGCACCGCCAUCAAUCACCUACUCCGCCAUCAUUUACUCGCUCCGUCUUCUCAUUGGCAUCGAUAUUCCGCUCAACCAAGGUUGUCUAUCACCUAUCUCUAUCAUUUUACCGAAGGGUUGCUUUCUAAAUCCAUCCUCGGGUGCCGCCGUCUGCGCGGGCAACACGCAAACGUCCCAGCGGGUUGUCGACAUCAUCUUAAAGACUUUCGCAGCUGCUGCCGCCAGCCAUGGUUGCAUGAAUUGUCUUGGCUUUUUUGGCGAAGUGAAGAACACUGAUGGCGUAGAGCACUCCUAUGCCUUUGGCGAAACCAUCUGCGGUGGAUCUGGUGCUACCGCUAAUGCUCAUGGUGCUAGUGCUGUCCAUACUCAUAUGACCAAUACGCGCAUCACGGACCCCGAGACUCUCGAACGGCGGUAUCCGGUCAUCUUACGAGAGUUUGCAGUUCGCAAAGGCAGCGGUGGCACAGGCCGGUUCAACGGUGGCGACGGCGCGGUCAGGGAUAUCGAGUGUCGUCAACCAAUACGCUUCAGCGUCAUCAGCGAGCGGAGAGCUAUAGCGCCGUAUGGAAUGCAGAAUGGUGGACCCGGGGCGAAAGGUGUCAAUUAUUGGGUUAAGAGGGUGGAGAAGGAAGAUGGUUCAGGAUUUGAAGAAAGGUGGGUGAACAUGGGGCCGAAGAACAUGGUGAGCAUGAAGGAAGGCGAUCGCUGUGUAAUAUAUACGCCCGGUGGAGGUGGAUGGGGUCUUGAGAGCGAAGAUAAAAUGGUUAACGGGAAGGAGAAUGUGACGAAACAGCAAUAUCCGCGAGCGGCGGGCAGUAUUGCCGCGCACAUGAAUGCGCAAGCAGAGUCGAGUUAGCAGGGGUACAUAGAUAAUAACUCGCAAAUAACAUAUCAAAACAGCUAGAAGCGGCAAGGGACCCGGGUGACACUAUUUCAUGAUAUCUAGUGUAUGUAUCGGCGAUAAUUGAACCUUGCGCAAUGUACUACUUUAGGUGGGGCUAUCGUAUCGACCUUCGACCUCAACGAGCAUACCCAGAUACUGUACAUAAGUCGACCGCCUUGCGAGGACAAGAAUGUAUCAUGACUCUGGCAGUUGUAUAAUAGUAAUUGUCGGUUGCAAUCUCGACGCGUCCUUUCAGUAUCUCGCGCGACGUACGCCACUCACGCUCUGGUAUCACUCCCC